CACCGAACAUUUGGAUCGCAAUCACCGAUUCCUAAAUGCGUCCGGGUUUGCGAGUGUUGGUGGGAAAGAGCCGUCGUCUCCAUGGCGGCGGCACUACGGAUGCCGCCCUUCGUUCCCGCCGCCGCCGCCGCGCGCUCCCUCGUUGCCCGCUCUGCAGCCCGAUGGCGCGCUCCCUUCGGCCGCCCCGCUGCCCCUCGGCGAUUUCAGCUUCCUUCAUCUCGUCCACGGGUUCCCCCGCCGCGUCCCUUCUACAAUUUUGCUAGUAGAGAUGCCAAAAUCCAAGCACCUGAGGACCAGUCUGAAAUCAUCUUUAUAGGCACAGGGACAAGUGAAGGGAUUCCUCGAGUGAGCUGCCUCACAAAUCAGUCAAAAACUUGUAAGGUUUGCUCAAAAGCAAUUGAGCCAGGAAACAAGAACAGGAGACUUAAUACAAGCAUCCUUAUACGCUAUGUCAAUUCUGUGGGAAGAUUUAACAUUCUUGUAGAUGCUGGCAAGUUUUUCUACCACAGUGCUCUUCGAUGGUUUCCUGCAUACGGGCUGCGACAUAUCGAUGCAGUCAUUAUCACCCAUUCUCAUGCAGAUGCGAUUGGAGGGCUUGAUGAUCUUCGAGAUUGGACAAACAACGUCCAACCAUUCAUCCCAAUUUAUGUGGCACAACGUGAUUUUGAGGUGAUGAAGAAGACACAUUAUUAUAUAGUGGAUACAAGUGUAAUUGUUCCUGGCGCUGCUGUGUCAGAGUUGCAGUUCAAUGUGAUAAAUGAGGAACCGUUUGUUAUUCAUGAUCUUAAGGUUACUCCUUUACCUGUCUGGCAUGGGCAUGGAUACCGUUCUCUAGGAUUUCGUUUUGGUGAUAUCUGUUAUAUAAGUGACGUCAGUGACAUACCAGAAGAGACUUACAUGCUCCUUAAAGACUGCGAUCUUCUAAUCUUGGAUGCACUAAGACCAGAUCGUUCGUCUUCAACACACUUCGGAUUACCAAGGGCUCUGGAGGAAGUACGCAAAAUUCAACCAAGGAGAACACUUUUUACUGGAAUGAUGCACUUGAUGGACCAUGAUGAGAUAAAUGAAGAGCUUGCCAAGUUGCUGGAGUCAGAGGGUCUGGAUGUCCAAUUAAGCUAUGAUGGCCUCCGCGUCCCUGUAAUCCUCUAAGUCUGUGAUAUCUUUAAUCUAAAUAUUCUUUCUCUUAAUCCAAUCUCAUUUAUCUGAAGCCCAAAAGGUUCUCCAGCAAUGGUGGCCUUCUCAGUGUAUCCUCGCGGUGCCAUGCAACAUUACAGAGAUUGUUUCAAACGAGUCUGGGAUGUGUCUCCUCUCAGCAUAUAAUGGUGGAAAAGGAUUUGAAAUGUGGUUUCUGGUAUUCAAAUUGCUUGGAUUAUUAGCGU